AUGAAUUCAAAUCCUGCUACGAUUAUUACUGAACCUGCGAAAAAUUUAAAUGAUACCAUGAUUGCCGUUGAGUGGCAUGGUAAUACUGACAUACGCAUCAAUACAAAACGUAAAAGACCUGUCCUUAUUCAACCAACCGAUGCCAUUGUUCGUAUAACUGGAACUACUAUAUGUGGAUCCGAUUUACAUUUGUAUAAAAAUGAAAUCUCUGGGAUGGAGAAAGCAGAUGUCGUGGGUCAUGAAGGAAUGGGCGUCGUUGUUGAAGUUGGUGAAAAGGUCGCAAAUAUUAAACCAAAUAACCGCGUUGUCAUUUCCGCAAUAAUUGCGUGUGGACAUUGUGAAUAUUGUCAAAAGAAAAUGUUUAGCUCUUGCGACGUCACCAAUCCAAGUAAAGAAAUUGAAGAAUUAUACGGUCAUCGUACCUCUGGAACGUUCGGAUAUACCCAUUUGGCUGGUGGAUAUGAUGGAAUACAAGCUGAAUACGUUCGGGUUCCUUAUGCUGAUAUUAAUCUUCUUCAAGAGAAAUUGAUCUUAUUAUCGGAUGUUGCUUGUACUGGUUGGCAUGCUAACGAGUUAAGCGAAGUGUCUAAAGGUGAUAUUGUUGGAAUUUGGGGAUGCGGACCAGUUGGUUUAAGCGCAAUCUCAUGGGCGAAAUAUCGUGGCGCGUCGCGUAUAAUCGCGAUCGACUGUAUUCCGGAACGUUUAGCAAAGGCUCACGACAUUGGAGCCGAAACAAUUAAUUUCAAAGUGCAUAAAGAUAUAGUAAAUAAAAUGAAGGAAUUUGUUCCCGGUGGACUGGACGUUGCAAUCGAGUGUGCAGGAUUUCGUUGUACAAAUACUUUUAGACAACAGGUGGAAAAUACACUCCUUGAGACUGAUAGUAUUGACACGUUGGAUGAAGCAAUUCGUUGUGUUAAAAAAGGUGGAAGAAUUUCUAUCAUUGGAUUAUUUGUUGGGAUGGCCAACCAUUUUCCGAUUGGUGCAGUUAUGGAAAAAUCACUCACUUUGCGAGGAGGUCCAGCGCCAAUGCAAAAAUAUUGGGUUCAACUUUUAACAAUCAUGAAAUCCAAUAAAGUGGACAUGAAUUUAUUUACUCAUCACGGGAAAUUGGAAGAUGCCGGGAAAUUUUAUAAAAUCUUUGAUAAGAAAGAAGAUGGGAUAAUUAAAGUUUUCUUGUGUGUUGGCGACCAGUGUGAAAGCCAUCCGGAAAAGUAUUGA